CGCCCUGCCACCGGCUGGCGGCUGGCUCGGACUGCGCUGCUGGCGAUCCCUCAGGCAACUCGGCGGCGUCAGGAGAACCGGCACCCCAAGACCCGGCGCCCUGCCCUCCCCCGGGUCCCCAGGGCGGCCCCUGCCAGGCCCAACAACCUCCCGCUUCCCAGUGCGCCUCGGCCUCUGGGGCCUCCGGCAAGCCAACCAGGCCCAGGACCAGACCCGCCGGGAUAACACUGCCCUGCUCCAGCUGGGCCCUCGUCCCAGGGGAAGGCGGCCGGAAAAUCUCUUGUUUACUGAGCUAGAAAGAUCCCAGGCAGGAUUUGCUUCCCCAUUUCUGCGGUCCUCUUUCCGCAGAUUCCUGAGCCGGAGGGGCAACCCGCUGAUCCACACCGGGCGGGGAGUGGGGUGGGGCGGGGCGCGAGGAACCCGUACUCGUGGAAAGAUCCCAGGGCCGCGGGAGGGCCAGGACUUAGAGUCGGAGCCAACCUGCCCCGGAGCGCAGAGAAAGUAGGAGCCAGGCUCCACACUGCUCCUUGGGGAGCCGAACUGAGAACGCUAAUUAAGACAAGUUGGAACAGGGAACCCGGGCGCAGGGAGGGGAGCGCGCUUCGGUGGACAGCGUCUGCUGCGGUCGCGCGAAACCCGAGCAGGGGUUGUUAAGCUCUGGGCGACGUUUGCCCACGGUGGUUCUGGGCUCUGCCCUACGAGGUUAGGGGCGUGAGCCAGUGACAUUCCCACGCAACCUGAGGUCUCGGGGAAGGCCCGUGCGCGUGGAAGAGGUGAAUGCUUGGUGUGUGGUGUGUCCACGUGCGCAAGCUCUGGAGGGGAGGGGGCGCGACGAAGACGGACUUUGUGUCUGAGUGUGCGCCUCGCUCCAGUCCGGAGCGGCCGACUGUGCCCGGCAAGGGUCUCAAGGGACAGACGGGACGGAAGGGACAAAGCCUGGGUGUCCGCCACCAAGAGAGCCGCGCCGACGCAGCCCCUGCGCCAGUCGGUUGCGAGAGAGCGCUAGAAAAUGUGGGGAGCGAGAGCCUGCCACGGGGUGGGGGGUAGGGUGAGCCAGAUAGCACCCCAAACCGCUUUCCAGAGAGAAAGCCUAGUCCCGUAAGUGCGCGCCAGUGUGCGCGCGCCCGCGGGCGGGGGGCGUGGCAGUAAACAGCAACAACCCACUGGCCAGCUUGGCCAGAAACUCCGAUCUGCCUUCCCAGCCGGAAAGUGCGACUCGCGGAGCCCGGAGGGACCCAUCUGGAACCUGGCCUCGGAGCCAAGAUGGCCACCCACAAGGCCUUGCUGAUGUGCCUGGGACUCCCUCUCUUCCUGUUCCCAGAGGCCCAGGCCCAGAAACCUGCCCCACCCGGCUGCAGCUCAGACCUCAACUCCCUUUACUACAACCUGUGUGACCGCUCUGGGGCUUGGGGCAUUGUCUUGGAGGCCGUAGCUGGGGCAGGGAUCGUCACCACCUUCGUGCUCACCAUCAUCCUAGUGGCCAGUCUCCCCUUUGUUCAGGACACUAAGAAACGGAGCCUUCUGGGGACCCAGGUGUUCUUCCUACUGGGCACUCUGGGCCUCUUCUGCCUUGUGUUCGCCUGCGUGGUGAAGCCCGACUUUUCCACCUGUGCCUCUCGGCAGUUCCUCUUUGGGGUUCUGUUUGCCAUCUGCUUCUCCUGCCUGGUGGCUCACGUCUUUGCCCUUAACUUCCUGGCCCGGAAGAACCAUGGGCCCCGGGGCUGGGUGGUCUUCACUGUGGCUCUGCUGCUGACCCUCGUGGAGGUCAUCAUCAACACAGAGUGGCUGAUCCUCACCCUGGUGCGGGGAGGUGGUGGAGAGGUUGGCUCGCUGGGCAACGGCAGUGCUGACUGGGCUGUGGCCUCCCGCUGCGCCAUCGCCAACGUGGACUUCGUCAUGGCGCUCAUCUACGUGAUGCUGCUGUUGCUGGGGGCCUUCAUGGGGGCCUGGCCCACCCUGUGUGGCCGCUUUAAGCGGUGGCGUAAGCACGGCGUCUUUGUGCUGCUCGCCACAGCCGCCUCCAUUGCUAUCUGGGUGGUGUGGAUCGUCAUGUACACCUAUGGCAACAAGCAACACAACAGCCCCACCUGGGAUGACCCCACGCUGGCCAUUGCCCUCGCCGCCAAUGCCUGGGCUUUUGUUCUCUUCUACGUCAUCCCCGAGGUCUCCCAGGUGACCAAGGCCAGCCCAGAGCAGAGCUACCAGGGAGACAUAUACCCCACCCGAGGCGUGGGUUAUGAGACCAUCCUGAAGGAGCAGACGGGCCAGAGCAUGUUUGUGGAGAACAAGGCCUUUUCAAUGGAUGAGCCAGCCUCAGCAAAGAGGCCCGUGUCACCUUAUAGCGGCUACAACGGGCAGCUGCUGACCAGCGUGUACCAGCCCACCGAGAUGGCCCUGAUGCACAAAGGCCCGUCUGAAGGCCCUUACGACGUCAUCCUCCCACGGGCCACCGCCAACAGCCAGGUGAUGGGCAGUGCCAACUCGACCCUGCGGGCUGAAGACAUGUACAUAGUCCAGAGCCACCAGGCGGCCACGCCACACAAAGACGGCAAGAACUCUCAGGUCUUUAGGAACCCCUACGUGUGGGGCUGAGAGGCGGCGGCCACGGCCAGCAGGAGACGGGCAGAUUUGGGGAGGGUCCUGGGGACCUGGCCUGGGUGAGGGACUCUCAGGAACCCCGUGUUCUGCAGCUCCCCUCCCCUUCACUGGCUCGGGGCAGCUUGUGCCUCAGACUCUGAGGUCCCCCUGACCACCAGUGUUCUGGUGCGUGUCCUGGGGGCUCCACCCACUCGGUGUUUGUGGAGUCCAGGAGCCAACCCGGCUGCAUGAAGCCUGGGCCACUCCAGUAGCCCGGCGCCAGCCAAAUAGUGUUCUUGGGGUGGUGGCCGGUCCGCGCCUACAUUCUCCGGAGAUGCCUGCAGCCUUGGGAUCUCAAAGCAGGCUCUUCGGGCCUGGGCCUUGCUCCUCUGUGAGGAACAAGGGUGCCUAAUAAACAUGUUUCUGCUUUAUUAACUCA